AUGCCGAGAGGGAGGUGGAAGGAGCCGCCGUGGACUGUGACCCCGGAGCCCCUCCUGGGCCUGCCCCCCUGCCUCUGGCUGGCCCUAGCCGGCGUCUCCCUGCUGGCUCCCCGGGUCUCCGGCCUCCCGGGGCCCGGCGGGACUGAGGCCCGGGGCCCCGUGGGGCUGAGCUGGGCCGUUCACCUGGAUGGCGCCGAGGGCGAGGAGGAGGAGGAGGAGGGGACGCGGCAGCGGGCGGACGCCCUGGCCCGGGCCGCGGGGCUGGUGAACGCCGGCCGCAUCGGAGAGCUGCGGGGGCACUACCUCUUCACCCGGCCGGCCGGGCCCCGCGAGGACGGGCUGGAGGAGGCCGCCCGGCAGCGGGCGGAGGAGGUGCUGGCCGGGCACGAAGCCGUGCGCUGGCACGCGGAGCAGCGGCUGCUGAAGCGAGCCAAGCGGGGCCUGCAUUUCAACGACCCCAAGUUCCCCCAGCAGUGGCACCUGAACAACCGGCGCAGCCCCGGCCGGGACAUCAACGUGACGGGCGUGUGGGAGCGUAACGUGACGGGCCGCGGGGUGACCGUGGUGGUGGUGGACGAUGGCGUGGAGUACACCAUCCGGGACAUCCGGCCUAAUUACAGCCCCGAAGGCAGCUACGACCUCAACUCCAACGAUCCGGACCCCAUGCCCCACCCCGAUGAGGAAAACGGCAACCACCACGGCACCCGCUGCGCGGGAGAGAUCGCCGCGGUGCCCAACAACAGCUUCUGUGCCGUGGGCGUAGCCUUCGGCAGCCGCAUCGCAGGGAUCCGGGUGUUGGACGGCCCCCUGACGGACAGCAUGGAGGCCGUGGCCUUCAACAAGCACUAUCAGAUCAACGACAUCUACAGCUGCAGCUGGGGCCCGGACGAUGAUGGGAAGACCGUGGAUGGGCCUCACCAGCUCGGAAAGGCCGCCCUGCAGCACGGGGUCAUGGCCGGCCGCCACGGUUUCGGGAGCAUCUUUGUGGUUGCCAGUGGCAACGGGGGGCAGCACAACGACAACUGCAACUACGACGGCUACGCCAACUCCAUCUACACCAUCACCAUAGGAGCUGUGGACGAGGAGGGCCGAAUGCCAUUCUACGCGGAAGAGUGCGCCUCCAUGUUGGCGGUCACCUUCAGUGGCGGCGACAAGAUGCUGCGCAGCAUUGUGACCACCGACUGGGACCUGCAGAAGGGGACGGGCUGCACGGAGGGCCACACGGGGACGUCGGCGGCGGCCCCACUGGCCGCCGGGAUGAUGGCCUUGAUGCUGCAGGUGCGGCCCUGCCUGACGUGGAGAGACGUGCAGCACAUCAUCGUCUUCACGGCCACCCGGUACGAGGACCACCACGCCAACUGGGACACCAACCAGGCCGGCUUCGGCCACAGCCACCAGCACGGCUUCGGCCUGCUCAACGCCUGGAGGCUCGUCAACGCCGCCAAGAUCUGGACAUCUGUCCCUUACCUAGCUUCGUACGUCAGUCCCGUCCUAAGAGAGGCCAAGGUCAUCCCGCUGGCCCCCGGCUCCCUGGAGGUCGUGUGGAAUGUGAGCCACGCAGACCUGGCGUUGUCGGGGCUGAGGACACUGGAGCACGUGGCAGUGACGGUGACCAUCAGCCACCCGCGGCGCGGCAGCCUGGACCUGCGGCUCUCCUGCCCCAGCGGGAUGCUGUCGCUCAUAGGUGCCCCCCGCAGCCUCGACUCGGACCCCGGUGGCUUCGACGACUGGACCUUCUCCACUGUGCGCUGCUGGGGGGAGGGAGCCCAGGGCCAGUACCGGCUGUCCGUCAGGGAUGUGGGAGACCGGGAAUCCCGGGUCGGCAUCCUGGAGCGGUGGCAGCUGACUCUGUACGGCUCUGCGUGGAGGCCGCAGGAGGUCGAAGAGAGACGCAGGCUGCUGGAGGACGCCAUGAGCGGCAAGUACCUGCACGAUGGCUUCUCCCUGCCCUGCCCGCCCGGGCUGGACGUCCCUGAGGAGGACGGCUACAGUCUCACCCCCAACACCCUCAAGACCCUGAUGCUGCUGGGCUGCUUUGCCGUCUUCUGGACCGCUUACUACCUGCUGGAGGUGUGCCUGAGCCAGAGGGACGUGGCCUUGGACCUGACCUGUGGCGGUGCCCCUUGCCGGCGGGCCCGGAAUCGCCACCGGGCCCUGGAGGAGGGGAUGGAGCUGGAGGCCACACCCUUGUAUGAGAACAAGGACACGGAGGAGACCGAGGGGCCCCCUGACCUGCCGAAUCAGGGGAGCCGGGACCAAGAGGGGACCCUGGCCCCGGCCCUGGACCUACAGGAGGUGCGGGAAGGGCCGGUGUGCUGACCCAGGCCCUCCCCGGUGGGCUCAGGACGGAACUCCUGUCGCCUGGGCCGUCCCUUCCCGGGACGGCGGGGGGCCCCGGAGGCCCCCUCGGACGCCCGGAUGGAGCUCCCAGAGGUCGUCCCGCGCCUGGCUCGGGGUGAGGAGGGGCGCCCACUGGGGCCCGUACCCUGAUCGCCACAGUCGGAGCCCCGGGAUGAAUGGGCCCGGGAGCCUGGGGGCCGGAGGCGAAGGGGGCCGCGCCUGGCUCCCUCCAUCCCCGCCCAAGGUGCCCGCUGGGCUUCCAGGCUCCGCUGGAGCGAGGGGGGACGGGGAAGGGGUGCAGCCAGGAAUGAUGUGGAGACUACAGGCGGGUGGAGAUCGGGACCCAGCUCCCUGCUGCCCCCAGCCCCCU